AUGUCAUAUUGUUCCAGAAGAAUUUUCCAACGAUUCCAAAUCAAUCAAAUAAAAAAACUCAACUUUAGUAAUGUGUCAGGAGGUCCAAAUAAACAUGUUGAAUUUCCGAAACGUAAUAAACCAAUAUUUGGAAAAGAUGGUCCGAUUACAUGGAAAACUGUAGGAAUUACUGGUGUUUUGGGAGCGGGUAUGGUCACAUACUUGUUAUAUCUUAAAGAAGAACAAGAAGAAAAACAAAGACGAGAGAGAAAGCGUCAGUUAGGAAAAGCUCAAAUUGGAGGUCCAUUUGAGUUACUCGAUGGAUCCAACAAUAUUGUAAAAAGUGAACAAUUUUUGGGGAAGUGGAUGCUCAUCUAUUUUGGUUUCAGUCAUUGUCCAGAUAUAUGUCCUGAUGAAUUAGAAAAAAUGGCAUUAGUUGUAGAUAAACUUGAAAAAGAAGACAUGAAUACAGGCAUUCAAGGUAUUUUCAUCACUGUAGAUCCAGAUAGAGAUACUCCUAAAAUUGUUGAUAAAUAUAUAAAGGAAUUUUCUUCAAAAUUCAUUGGCUUAAGUGGCACUUCAGAUCAAAUUCAGCAAGUGUGCAAAAGAUAUAGAGUUUAUUAUAGCCCUGGAAAGAAAGACGUUGAUAAUGAUUACAUAGUGGAUCAUACGAUCAUUAUGUACUUAGUUAAUCCAGAGGGUGAAUUCAUAGAUUAUUUCGGACAAAACAAAACUGCUGAUGAAAUAGUUGAACACAUUUUAUUACACAUGUUUAAAUUCAAACAAGAGAAAGGUUCAUUGUUAAGCAGCACUUUAGAAAAGAUAAACUCAUUCAGUGGGAAAAAAAUUGUCACAUCUUAAACUUGUAUUUGAAUGUAAUCAAAUUUUUUUUUUGUUUAGACUAACUUCAGUUGCUGUUAAUUGUUAAAAUUAUUUUAAAUUAAUACAUCAAUUUUACAAAAGCUUUA